AAAAUGGCACUGCACAUCUUCACUGUCUCAGUUAAGACUUACCAUAUAAACAAGUGCUGAAAAUGGGAAUAAAAACACAGUCGCUCUGUACACAGACCCAACGUUACUGCUGCCACCAAGACGCCAUUCAUUUGGUUGUCUCCCUCUCCUUCUCUCGCUCUCACACCCUCUCAGUCUCUCUGAUCCCUCUAUUAACAUUGAAUUCUACCUCUCGUCCCCACCUGCCUCGGUUUCUCGGAAGGAAUCAGCUAAACGUCGUCGUCUUCGCCUUCUUCGAGUACCAAAGCGGCACCGAACACUCUUCCGGACUUUUCAGAGGUUAGUUUUUCCAUGGAGAGCUCUGAUGAUGAAAAGGAUGGAGUCCUUGGGAAUUACAUUCCAACAGAACUGACGCGUGUUUUGGCAUCCAGUGGAGUAAAAUUUGUGGAUCAAGUACUGAAUGGGCAAAAUGAACUUUGUUUGGAAAAUUUUCGAAUGGAUAAGCAUGUAUUUUACAAGUUGUGCGACAUUUUGCAAGCCAAAGGCUUGCUACGCCACACAAAUCGAAUCAAGAUUGAGGAGCAAUUAGCCAUUUUCAUGUUCGUAAUUGGCCAUAAUCUACGAACACGAGCUGUCCAAGAGUUAUUCCGAUAUUCAGGAGAAACCAUUAGCCGCCAUUUCAAUAAUGUUUUGAAUGCAAUUAUGGCAAUUUCAUUAGAUUUCUUUCAACCUCCGGGUUCAGAUGUACCACCUGAGAUUUUGGAAGACCCAAGAUUUUAUCCGUACUUUCAGGAUUGUGUGGGAGCCGUUGAUGGGAUCCAUAUUCCAGUUAUGGUAGGUGUAGAUGAGCAAGGACCUUUCCGCAAUAAGAAUGGCAUGCUUUCACAAAAUGUUCUGGCAGCUUGCUCAUUUGAUCUAAAGUUCCAUUAUGUCCUAGCGGGCUGGGAAGGCUCAGCAUCAGAUUUGCAAGUCCUAAAUUCUGCACUGACAAGGCGGAAUAAACUGCAGGUCCCUAAAGGUAAAUACUAUCUUGUGGACAACAAGUAUGCAAAUAUGGCAGGUUUCAUUGCCCCAUAUCCUGACAUUCCCUAUUACCUGAAGGAAUAUCCGAUUGGCUAUCAACCACAAGAUGUCAGAGAGCUAUUUAAUGAACGGCACUCACUGUUACGAAAUGCCACUGAUCGCACAUUUGGCGCUUUGAAGGCAAGAUUCCCUAUAUUGAUGUCUGCUCCUCCAUACCCAUUACAAACACAGGUGAAAUUGGUCGUGGCAGCAUGUGCAAUACACAAUUACAUCCGUAGGGAGAAACCAGAUGAUUGGAUCUUUAGAAUGUAUGAACAAGAAGGUACUGUAUUCGAGGAUUCAUUGCCUCCUUUAGAUGUGGAACAACCCAUUAUGCAUAUUGACACCCAAGACCCGGACAUUGGUGUUGAAACAGAACAACUAGAAAUUUCUUCACAACUGCGAGACUCUAUAGCAACCGAAAUGUGGAAUGACUAUAUCCAUGAUUUUUCAGCCAUGUAAAUUGACUUAUUUUGGCAAUAGUUUUCAGGCUAGGAUUGAAAAUAUUUCAGGAUCAUGAACCGUAUGAAGGUUUUGGAAGUGAUUUUCAUGAUGUACAUUGGCCUUGUUCAUACAAAGAAAAUAGAUCAGUAGAUCAUACUUCUCAAA